AGAAGAGAAAGGGUGGGGAAUAACCACACAGAUGAGAGCUUGGAGACUGGAAAAGGCUUGAGCUGCUUCAGCAGGUGGCGUGGGCUGAGGAGAAACGCCAGACGCUGGCCAUGAAGACCCUGCGGGCACGAUUUAAGAAGACGGAGCUGCGGCUCAGCCCCGCUGACCUUGGCUCCUGCCCGCCCUGUGGCCCCUGCCCCAUCCCGAAGCCGGCCGCCAGAGGCAGGCGCCAGAGCCAGGAGUGGGGCAAAAGUGAUGAGCGACUGCUACAGGCGGUGGAGAAUGACGACGCUGCACGGGUGGCCGCUCUCAUCACCCGCAAGGGGCUGGUGCCCACGAAGCUGGACCCCGAGGGCAAGUCCGCAUUCCACCUGGCUGCCAUGCGGGGAGCAGCCAGCUGCCUAGAGGUGAUGCUGGCACAGGGCUCCAACGUCAUGAGCACCGAUGGGGCAGGCUACAAUGCCCUCCACCUGGCGGCCAAGUAUGGGCACCCACAGUGCUUGGAGCAGCUGCUACAGGCGUCCUGCCUCGUGGAUAUCGUGGACAGCAGUGGAUGGACAGCCCUGCAUCAUGCAGCGGCUGGCGGUUGCAUUUCCUGCUCAGAAAUCCUCUGCUCUUUCAAGGCACAUCUGAGUCCCCGAGAUCGGUCAGGUACAACGCCCCUUAUCAUAGCCGCUCAGAUGUGUCACACAGAUCUGUGCCGCCUCCUCCUGCAGCAGGGGGCUGCCGCAAAUGACCAGGAUCUGCAGGGCAGGACAGCCCUGAUGCUGGCCUGUGAGGGGGCCAGCCCCGAAACAGUGGAGGUGCUGCUUCAGGGCGGGGCCCAGCCGGGCAUCACCGAUGCCCUGGGCCAGGAUGCUGCCCACUACGGCGCCCUGGCGGGAGACAAACUCAUCCUGCACCUCCUGCAGGAGGCAGCUCAGCGCCCCUCACCACCCAGUGAGGAUGACUCAGGCGAGGCAUCAUCUCAGAACUCUGUGUGCAGCCACGAAAAACGAGGGGCCCCCAAGAAGCGGAAAGCGCCUCAGCCCCCUGCCAGCAUCCCCGUGCCGGAUGAUCGCGAUGCCUACGAGGAGAUCGUGCGGCUGCGCCAGGAGAGGGGCCGCCUGCUGCAGAAGAUCCGGGGCCUGGAACAGCACCAGGAACGGAGGAAACAGGAGCUGCCGGAGACAGAGGCCAGCUCCCUACACAGCCUGGAGAGACAGGUACAAGAGCUGCAGCAGCUGCUGGCGGAGAAACAGGAAGAGAAGGAGAGCCUGGGACGCGAGGUGGAGAGUUUGCAGAGCAGGCUGUCCCUGCUGGAGAAUGAGCGGGAGAACACGAGCUAUGACGUGGCCACCCUCCAGGAUGAGGAAGGUGAACUGUCUGACUUUCCAGGGGCCGAGGCUCUGCUCUCCAAACGGCUAAGCCCCUCGGCCCAGGAGCUCUUGGCCUCACUGCGGGAGCAAGUGGCUGCACUCACCAGACAAAACCAGGAGCUGAUGGAGAAGGUCCAGAUCCUGGAGAGCUUUGAGAAGGAUGAGAUGGAGGUAAACGGGUCAGCCGAGGUCAUCCCCCUGGCCCUCUAUGACUCUCUCCGGGCUGAGUUUGACCAGCUCCGCAGGCGGCACGCCGACGCCCUGCGGGCACUGGAGCGACAGGAAGCACAGCGCGGCCCUGGAGAAGAGGAGGCGGCCCCUGGGGAGGGCAAGGGCACGGGAGUCAAGACCACCAGGGACGGGCCGAUGGAAAUGGAGCUUAAUGGCACCACGGCUCCGGGAACCAAAGUUGACGGAGCCGAGGCCACAGACAACGGGGCUGCAGGAGAUGAAACCGUGGAAGCGGCAUCCACGGGGGCCGAGGCCACGGAACCAAAACCCACAGGCGCCGAGGCCACGGAACCAAAACCCACAGGCGCCGAGGCCACGGAAACAAAACCCACAGAUGCCGAGGCCACAGAAACAAGAUCCACGGGGGGCGAGGCUGCAGAAACAGAGGCCCCAGAAGAGGGAGGAAACCCCGAAGCCGAGGCCACAAAGCCAAAAGCCGAGGAAGCAGAGAUGAAGGCCAACGGAGUGGGUGAGGUGGAGGCGGAGCUUCCGGGCACAGAGACCACCCACGUGGAGGCCACAGCCCCGAGGGGCCCCCUGGGCGCCGUCCUGCACCCUGGUGCUGCGGAGGCCUCCGAACAGCUGCAAGCGGAGCUGGAGACCAGGAUCCGUGGCUUGGAGGAGGCACUGCGGCAACGGGAGCGGGAGGCGGCCGCCGAGCUGGAGGCGGCCCACGGCAAGCGCCAGGCCGCGGAGGCCGAGGCUGGCCGGCUCCGGGAGCGGAUGCGCGAGGCUGAGGGUGGCGGAGCCUCGGGGGGCGGCGGCGGCGGCGGCGGCGGCGGCGGCGGCGGCGGGGACGCGGUCCAGCUGCGAGCCGCCCUGGAGCAGGCCCGCGAGGACCUCCGAGUCCGGGACUCCCGGCUCCGGGAGCUGGAGGCGACCUCGGCCCGGCUGGACGAGGCCCGCGCUGGCCGCCUGCUGGCCGAGGAGGAGGCCCGGGGCCUGCGGGCAGAGCUGGCCCGGCGGGAGGAGGUGCGGCUGGAGCAGAGCCGGGAGCUGCAGGUGCUCCGCGAGCAGCUGGCCACCGCCACGGCCGCCGGGGAACAGCAGCGGGCGGUGGCUGCCGAGCUGGGCCGCGCGCGGGAUGCGGCCGAGGCCCGGGCGGCCGAGCUGGCGGCGGCCUGCGAGGAGGCCCGGCGGGGCCUGGCGGAGCUGCGGGAGGCCUCCGAGGCCCUGCGUCAGUCGGCCGUGCCGGCCUCCGAGCACCACCGGCUGCAGGAGGAGGCCCUGGAGCUGCGGGGCCGGGCGGCCGGCCUGGAGCAGGAGGUGGUGGCCACCGGCAAGGAGGCCGCCCGGCUGCGCGCCGAGCUGGAGCGCGAGCGCGCGGGGAGCGUGGCCCGCCUGGAGCACGAGCGCGUGGUGGCCGCCUUGCAGGCCGACGUGGCCCGGCUGGAGGGGCAGCUGGAGGAGCUGGCACGACGCCACGAGAAAACCAGCGCUGAGGUGUUCCAGGUCCAGAGGGAGGCGUUAUUCAUGAAGAGUGAACGUCACGCGGCCGAGGCCCAGCUGGCCACGGCAGAGCAGCAGCUGAGGGGGCUCCGCACCGAGGCCGAGCAGGCACGCCAGGCCCAGAGCCGUGCCCAGGAGGCCCUGGAUAUGGCCAAGGAAAAGGACAAGAAGAUUACAGAGCUGUCCAAGGAAGUCUUCAGCCUCAAGGAGGCCCUGAAGGACCAGCCGGCUGCCCCAGGCCUCUCGGAGGUGGAGGCCCUCCGUGGCCAGGUUAAGGCUCUACAGGAGCAGCUGGAGCAGGCUGCCAGGGACCACAGCGCAGUGGUGGCCUUGUAUAGGAGCCACCUCCUGUAUGCUAUUCAGGGUCAGAUGGACGAAGAUGUGCAGCAGAUUCUGAGCCAGAUCCUACAGAUGCAGAGGCUUCAGGCUCAGGGCCGCUGAGCAUCAGAACACUGGCCUUCCGCCCACCAGGCCCCGCGCAGGGGUGUCCGGGCUCCCACACUGGCCCCCCUAACUCGCAGACCAGCCUGGGCCUUCCCGACCGCCCCUGGCUGUGUCCACUGCCCCACUGCCCCCCCUGCACACACUGGCCAGUGUCAAGGCCAACCCUGACCGUCCCCCGCCCCCACCGGAGAAUCUGUGGUCCCCUC